AUGUCGGACAACGGAGCGACCACCGGAAAGGAUUCCCGUGAGGAUGUUGACAGCGACAGCCGUCGCGAGCGCAGCAGGAGCCGCGAACGCAGGCGCCGACGGUCGCGCAGCGACUCGAGGGAGAGGAGCAGCCGCAAGAGCAGGCGCAGGUCCCGGUCUCCAGAGAAGUCCCGCCGCGGUAGCCGCAGCAGCCGGCGUGAGGACAGCAGGGAGAGGCGGGGUAGCCGCAGGAGCCGGAGUCGGAGCGGUAGCGGCAGCGACCACGGACGCGGCCGCAGCCGUAGCAGGAGCCAGGACAGGUCUGCUGCCCCCAAGUCUGUCACGGAUGGCGGGCUAGCCCCUUCGUCUACCACUGCGCCGGCCGCCGCCGCCGCCGCCGCCCCAGCGGCCGGGCUCAACCCCGCGCAGAUCGCCCUCGCCGCUGCGCGGAACCUCGGUGUGCCAAGCGCGCUCCCCGGCCAGGCGGCCGGGGGUCUAUCUGGGCUCGGGGCCGCUGGCGCCGGAGGCUUCCAGGCCAACCCCCAGCUGCUCGCGCAGGUCAUGCGCUCCGCCCAGCAGCAGGCCGGAACUCCUGGCCAAUUCUCGUUGCCCCUCGGUGCGGCGGCGGGGGCCGUCCCCGGCAUGCUCGGAGGCAUGGGAAUGGGCAUGGGAGACAAGACGGUGCGCGAGCUGUUCGUGGGCAACACUCCUCAGGGAACUUCGGACUUCGUGCUUCUCGAGUUCCUCAACGCCGCCAUGAAGCAGAAGGGGAAGGGGGGCUUGCUGAGAAAACGAAUUUGUGGUGGUAAAGGCCGCGGGUGGAGGUGAGUCGGUGCAAUGAUAGUACCAAGGGCUUUGGUCAUGGGUCCUCCUGUUCAUAUCAUCGCGCCACAACAACAACAACAUCGGCAGUGCUUUAGGACGCGGUGAGUCCUGUUUAACACCCCCCCUCUCUCCUAGCACCCUGGCGCUUUUCCGCUGCUGCCGUUUGAGGGUGUCUGAGAUAGUAUUGGAGGGUACACAAGUACCGUCAGGUUGACACGGUCUUUGGAAACAGCUUAAAAAUGAUGGUGGCACUGAAGCAUUUUGGGUUCCGAGUUGUCUUGGGAUGCUCCAGUAGACAGCGAAGGGUUUGUUAACCUCUGCCCUCCAACACUCCCCGCUGUGCGUUGCUGUUCGCCUUCUGGGAUGCCCCUGCUGACCAAAAACGCCUCUUCGUCUCUCGCCCCCCCCCCCCC